AUGAAGACGGUGGUCGUUUGGUAUUUGGUGGUCAAUGCUCAGUCAUCAUACAACAUACUGAUCGGCAGACCGACCCUGAACAAGCUAGGAGCGGUGGUGUCCACUUCCCAUCUGAAGGUAAUGUAUCCAUUGCCAAACGGUGCUGUGGGGGUCCUUAGAGUGGAUCAGGAGGUUGCUCGAAAAUGCUACGGGGAUAGUUUAAAGGCACGAAGGCGACUGUACACUGCGCAAGUAGAGCAAGAGGUCCACUCCAUCGAUUUAGAUCCUAGGAUAAGCCAUUUUGAUCGCCGACCAGCUCCCGUUGAGGACGUUAAAGAGGUGGCAAUGGCGGAAGGAAAGAAAGUGAAGAUUGGUACAUCCUUGAGCCAGGAGGACGCCGCGAGAUUGAUAGAAGUAUUGAAAGCGAACAUGACGGCAUUCGCAUGGCACGCCAAAGACAUUUCAGGAGUAGAUCCCGACUUCAUGUGCCAUAAGCUGGCUGUAGACCCCGGUGCGAAGCCAGUGAUUCAGAAGAGGAGGAAAUUUGGCGAGGAGAAGCGAAAAGCCAUCACCGAAGAGACCAACAAGUUACUGAUGGCAGCACACAUACGAGAAAUACAAUACCCGACCUGGCUUGCAAAUGUCGUGAUGGUACGUAAAAGUAGUGGAAAGUGGAGAAUGUGCACAGAUUUCACCGAUUUAAAUAAAGCAUGCCCGAAGGAUUCGUACCCUUUGCCAAAUAUAGACUGCCUAGUUGAUGGCGCGUCGGGGUACGAACUGUUAAGUUUCAUGGACGCGUAUUCGGGUUAUAAUCAGAUCUGA